ACCCUCCAAUUUUCCCGCCUUUGUCUCACUCUCUUCCCGCCUCAGAAACCCCUCUACUCGCCGGAGAAUCCAUGGUUCAGAAGCAGCAAGCCACCGCCGCUCCAGGCCCCGAGCCUAAGAAGCGUCGCCGUGUUGGAUUUUCUCCAGCCGAUACUGGUGUGGAGGCCAACGAGUGCAUCAAAAUUUAUCUCGUAUCAAGCAAAGAGGAAGUGGAUUCCCCUGGAAUUUCUUGUGUCAAUCCAGUUGACUUGAAUGAUUUCUUUGAUGGGGAUGGAAAGAUAUAUGGUUACCAAGAUUUGAAGAUAAAUGUAUGGAUCAAUAGCAUCUCAUUACAUUCAUAUGCUGACGUUACAUACCAGAGCACAAUCAAUGGAGAGAAAGGCGUCACGGACCUUAAAUCUGCUUUACAGAACAUAUUUGCUGAGACAAUUGUUGCUGACAAGGAUGAGUUUCUGCAAACCUUUUCGUCAGAGAGAGAUUUUAUUAGAAAUAUGGUCUCAAACGGAGAGGAAAUGCAUUCCGGAGUGAUAGAUGGAAGCAGCAUCAAUGCUGAAGUGGCUCCUUCAGAUCUCCAGGUUUUACGGAUGGAAAUUGGUUCUCCAAAUGCUGGACUCCUCUAUAGCCGAUUGGUACCCCUUGUUCUUCUUUUUGUCGAUGGCAGCAACCCGAUUGAUGUCACUGACCCUGACUGGCAAUUAUAUCUCUUAAUUCAAAAGAAAGAGGACAAAGAGGAGCCUUUGUAUCGAAUUGUGGGCUUUACUGCAGUUUAUAAAUUCUAUCGUUAUCCCGAUAGGUUACGGAUGCGACUCAGCCAGAUCUUGGUCCUUCCUUCCUUCCAAGGAAAAGGAUUUGGAAGCUAUCUCAUGGAAGUAGUAAACAAAGUGGCUACUCAAGAAAACGUUUACGAUUUGACAGUGGAAGAGCCAUCUGAAAAGUUCCAACACAUUCGCACUUGCAUAGACAUAAACCGCUUGCGUGCUUUCGAACCAAUCAAACCAGCCAUUGAUUCAGCCGUUCAGACUCUCACAAAAGGUAAACUGUCAAAGAAAGCUCAGAUACCUCGAUUCAUUCCGCCUUUGAAUGCCAUCGAGAAAGUCCGUGAAACUCUGAAGAUCAACAAGAAACAGUUUCUCAAAUGCUGGGAGAUCUUGAUAUAUCUCGCGCUUGAUCCUAUCGACAAGUACAUGGAGGAUUACACAUCUGUCAUCACGAACCAUGUGAGAACCGAUAUCCUCGGGAAAGAUAUAGAAACUCCAAGGAAACAGGUCGUUGAUGUUCCGAGCUCGUUCGAGCAGGAAGCAUCGUUUGUGGUUUUCAAGUGUCUCAAUGGAGAAGAAGCUAAUAGCAAUGUUCAAGUUGAUGAGAACAAACCGGAUCAAGAGCAGCAGUUGAAGCAGUUGGUUGAGGAAAGGAUUCGUGAGAUCAAGUUGGUUGCUGAGAAAGUCUCUAGGAUUUGCCCAAAAGUUUGAAAAUCUUAUUCGAUUACAAAAACUUCGUGAGAGAUUUUAUUAGAAGCCUUUUUUUUUUGAGUGAUCAAACUCUGUGAUCUUCGAAACGACAAUCUGUUUGUAUUCGUUGUGUACCUGUCUUGGAUGUUGGGCUAACUAAUGAAGUUUCGGUUUAAGG